GUUCUCAUUGGGAUGUGAGGGGCUCGUUCCCUGCCCCCUUUUACGUGAGACCGCUGCUCUGAGAAAAUGACACUCGAUCGGCUCGCGCAACUAUGAAGUCUGAAGAAGUUGACAACAUCGAAGAAUUAAAUAAUUUACCUGUCGAUUCUGUUCGGAUUGCGCCAUAUUUGUCAGAACUGAAACAAAAAGCAGAAGCAGAAAGAAGUAUUCGACACUUGGAUUUGUCGAAAACAUUUUUGAUACGGUUUUUACAGGCGAGAGACUUUGAUGUGGCACUGGCGUUCAAGCUGUUGAUUAACUAUCAUAAAUGGAGACAAGAAUGUCCAGAAAUAACAGCUGAUCUGCGGCCAUCAUCCAUUAUAGGACUUCUCCGAAACAAUUACCAUGGAGUUUUGAGAUCACGAGAUGAUGCUGGAAGUCGAGUUUUAAUCUAUCGGAUUGGUCAGUGGAACCCCAAAGAAUUCACAGCUUAUGAGGUUUUUCGUGUGAGCCUCAUUACGUCCGAGUUGAUUGUUCAAGAGUGGGAGACUCAAAGAAAUGGACUCAAAGUGAUUUUUGAUCUCCAAGACUGGUGCUUUGCUCAUGCCAUGCAGAUAAAUCCUUCCUUAGCAAAAAAGAUAUCUGCUGUACUCACGGAUUCCUUUCCUUUGAAAGUACGCGGGAUCCACUUGAUAAACGAGCCCAUUUUUUUCCGUCCCGUUUUUGCCAUGAUCCGCCCAUUUCUUCCAGACAAAAUCAAACAACGGAUUCACAUGCAUGGCUGUUCAUAUGUCCGAAGUCUCAGUAGUUACUUUCCGAAGGCUAUCCUCCCUCCUAUUUAUGGAGGAACUGGACCCAGCAUAGAUGAAGUGUGCCAAGAGUGGACUGAGUUCAUCAUGCAGUCUGAAGACUAUCUCUAUAGGCUCUCUAUACACUUAGGUGCAGGAGAUGCUUCUCAGUUGUCCGCCUAUGACUGAUUAAAAUGAAGACUGGAAAAAAGUUGACAUUCCCAGUUGUCACAUUUGGAUAAUGUGAUUUUAUUGAAUUCUAUAUCACACAGAUAUUCAUUGCAAGUAAUUGAUAUACCUCUGAAUAUACAAUAUAGCACUAGAUAUCAGAUGUUUGUUGCUUUUAGAAGAAGGAUUUCAUAGUCACUUUAACAUAACACAACUAGUGUAGAAAGUUGUAUGUAUCUGAAAUAUCAAAGUGCCUUUUUUACUUGUGAAUUGUCAUUGUUUUUAUUGUAUUAUUUUCAUAACAAUUGACAUAACUCAGGAUGUUACAUAAGUCUCUGUGUUUCUGGAAGUUACAUAUCAAGUUAAAAUGAACUGUUUCAUUAUAAAAGUCAAAUGAUCUGUAAACUGCAGCAUUCAGUAACCUUUGCUGUAUUUUAUUUAGUCACUCUAAGUGAGAUUAUAAAGUGGCACUUUGGUCUAUUGCCUUUUGCUCUGACUCUUAAACAAAUAUAACCAGAGUCUAAUGACCUUACUGGAACUCUUCAUGUUUACAGAUUUCCUUAAAUGUGAUUUUCUGAAACCAUGUAUAUACCUCUUGUUCUGUUUAUUGCACCUUUUUUGUCAGACAGUGUAUCUAAUGACAGAAGAAAAUCACUGUUUUACAUUAGUGGCUCAUUAUUUAAUUGUGUUGUCAUCACUUGUUAUCCAACUACAAUUGUUAAUUUGUUUUUCAACUUUAAUGUACAUUACCAUAAUGAUAAAAAGAUCCACACAGACACAUUACUACACAAUUUGCAACUCAAAUAAACUUGGAGACUGGACAAUCGCAAA